UACUUUCAAGAAUUUCUAGUUGAUGGUGUUGGUGGACGUUGAUGGAUGAUGAAAGUAAGAUGGAGAAUUACCUGAAAAAUUUUCCAGGAAUGUGUUUUGCAUCCACACGCUGUGCUACAGUAGAGCCGGGCAAGUCGUGGGACCUGACACCAUUUUGCGGCCGCUCAACAUGUGUUCAAAACGAAGAGAAUCCGGCCAAGCUUCUAGAACUUGUUGAGGAUUGUGGUCCCUUGCCGUUGUCAUUAUCGAACGACAAGUGUAAAUUGGACACCGAGAAGACCAAUAAGACAGCACAAUUUCCAUUUUGCUGUCCCAUCUUCACCUGCGAGCCGGCCAAAUUAGAAUAUCCCGAGGUAGAGAGGGAUACUAACAAGCAAAACUAAGCAGCAAAAGCGCAUGAAUUCUUUGACUAUUCAACUAAACACGAUAACCAUCGGUUUGUUUAAAACUCAUAUGUAUAACUUUCUCAAAACCCAGAGUAAUGUAUGAAAUAAAUUAUAGUAUAGAGUU